AUGGAAAAUAAUCAUCAUCUAGAUGAAUAUUUAAAACGAAUUGAAGUAAAUUUUCCAACAAAUGAUUGUAUGGAAGAAUAUCUCAAUCAAUUACAUAUUGGUCAUUUAACACAUAUACCAUUUGAAACAUUUGAUUUAAUCGAUUUUAAAGAAUUAAAUAUUUCAUUAGAUUAUAUUUUUAAUCGACUCGUACGACAAAAUCGUGGUGGUGUUUGUUAUCAAAUGAAUGGUCUCUUUGCAUUUAUUCUUAAUAAACUAAAUUAUAAUGUUAAAUUAAUUGCAUGUGGUGUCUAUAAUGAUAAAAACGACAAUUAUUUUGAUGUUCAUAGUCAUGCAGCAUUAUUUGUUACAUUAGAUAAUGAUACACAGUUUUUAUGUGAUGUUGGUUUUGCAAAAGAUUUUCUUACACCUUUAUUCUUUCGUACAGAUUGUAUUCAAUAUGCAACAAAUGGAUUUUUUCGUUUAAUAAAAUCUAAUGAUGGAUUAUAUUAUAUACUUCAAAGAGGUUUUCUUAUUGAUAAUAAUAAUAUUUCUCUACCAAUUUCAUCAUCAACUCCUAAAACUCAUAUUAUUGAUAUUAAUCCAGAACGUAUCAAAUGGAUAACAUCAUAUAGAUUUUCAAUAGAUUUUCAUGAAAAAUCAAUUAAACUUGAUGAUUUUAAAAAUACAUGUUCAUAUAUUAUUCAUUCACCAGAUGUUAUUCUUAAUCAUUGUACGAUAUGUCGUAUAUAUAGAUAUAAACCUAUCAAUGGUGCUUAUGGUAUUAUUGGUAAAGAAUAUUGGGAAUGGAUAAUAGAAAAUGGUAUAGAAACUCGUAAACAUUAUCCAAUAUUCGAUAAUGAUAUUGAAUUAAAAAAACUAUUAAAAGAAAAAUUUAAUUUAAAUAUCGAAAGAAAAAUUCAACUUUAUUGA